AUGAAUAUGGAAGGUAAUUCAAAUUUCCCACCUGAAUGGAGGAUAGUGUUACUGGGGGCUUCUGGAGCGGGAAAAAGCAAAACAGGAUGUACCAUUUUAGGACAGGAGGUCUUUAAGGAGUCUGUGACUACACAGAGUGAGAUAAAGAAAGGAACAGUGGAGGGCAGAAAUAUAUCAGUGGUUGACACCCCAGGGUUCUUUGGAACAGCACUGAGCGAUGAACAGAUGAAAAGAGAGAUGGAGAAAAGCAUGGUGCUGACUGCUCCUGGACCCCACGUGUUCCUGCUGGUGGUCAGACUGGGGAGGAUCAGCAACCAGGAGAGGAACAUAGUGAAAUGGAUCCAGGAGAACUUUGGCUUGGAAGCUUUAAAACACACCAUGGUGUUAUUCACAGGCAGAGAAAAAAUGACAAAAAGCACACUGACGGACUUUUUAGAGACUGAAGAAACUCAAGAACUAAUCGGUUGCUAUGGAGGUGGAUGGCAUGCCAUAAACAGUAAGGGAGACAUCAAUUAUUCUCAAAUCACAAAACUACUAGAGAAGAUAGAAGAGAUGGUGGAGAUGAAUGGAGGACAACAUUACAGUUAUGAGAUGUACCAAGAGACUCAGAGAAAGAUCAGAGAAGAGGAAAGAGAGAGGAAACUCAGAGAAGAAGAGAAAAGAAGACAAGAAGAGGAGGACAGACAAAGAAAACUUAAAGAGCUGGAGGAGAAAUUAAGACAUGAGGAGAUGGAAAGGCUGAGGAGAGAAGAAAGGGAACAGGAAUUGAAAAAGAAAAUGGAGGACCAGAGAAAGAACAGAGAGGCAGAGGAAAGGAAGAGAUUGGAGGAAGAAUGCUGUAAUAGAGAAAGAGAAAAUAGGAGGAGUCUAGACAAGGAGGAAGAUAAGAGUGAAAAACAUGAAAAACAGAACAGACCUGCUACAGUGGGAAGCAUAAAGAAAGAUAACAUUUCUUUGCAGAGAGAGGUUCUGAGAAGACAGGAGGAGAGGAGGAGAGAGGAGCAGAAAAGGAAAUGGAUGGAAGAGAGAUCAUCCUGUGGACAGACAUCUGAUCCAGUAUCUGAUGUGAGGAUUGUGUUGCUUGGAGACUAUAUAUCGGGGAAGAGUGAAGCAGGUAACAUUAUCCUGGGCAGAGAGGCAUUUGUAUCAGGACUAAACAAAUGCAGGCGACAAGAUGGCAAAGUGCAAGGAAAAACCAUCACUGUGAUUGACACGCCAGACAUUGUCCCGUUUUCAUUUACUGAACAGAAGGCAGAGAUGAAAAAGAGCCUCUCCAUGGCUCCUCCUGGACCCCAUGCAUUUCUGCUGGUAAUCGACAAAAAUCAAAUGAUGAGCUACGCCACAAGGGACUUCAUCAAUGAACUAAAAGAGAACUUUGGUGACGAAAUCUUGAAAUUCACGAUACUUCUUUUUACACACGACGUGUGGAGUUCAGAUUUUGUAGAAGUUUUACUGAGGAUGGAUGGAGAACUCCAGAGUCUCAUAUCCAGCUGUGGUGGCAGAUACCACAUCCUCAACACUGAAGAGACAGAGGACCAGGGUCAGGUCACAGAGCUGCUGAAAAAGAUAGAGGGUAUGAUGAAGAAGAACAGAGGACAGUAUUACACUAACGAGAUGUAUCAGAAGUUAGAUGAAGCCUGA